AUGAAGUUGUCGUCGACAACGAAACGUCAUAUUGAAAGUCGAUUAACAUUUGAUUAUCGACUACAAUUCUUACAAUCUGGAAAGAAUGUUGCUGAUUAUUUUACAGAAUUUCCAGCAAUGAAACUUCCAUGUGUGGUCUUACAAGAAAUAUCACUAAUGUCUCUAACCAGUUCUACACCAGAUGAAUUUGGAAUUUUAUUUGCUGAUCUGAUUGUUAAAUUAAAAGAUAUGAAAUCUGGUUUAGUUUAUAAUGACUUAGAUCCAGUUGCUAUUAAACUUUUGUCAAUAGUUACAUCAGCAUUUCGAGAAUCAAAGCAGUAUAUAAUUCCAGAUAGUCGAGAUCCAAAAUGGCCGUGGCCAUCAGUAUUGACCUGUACAGAUGUUGUUGAAUAUUAUAAAGUUGGACUAGAUGGUAUACAUUUAAUUGUUACACCAAAUGCUAUUGAAGCUGUUAUUCUUUGGACAUCCCUUUAUCAUAUUUUUAACAUUGAAUUUCAUAAAUCAAUCAGAAAAACCAAUCAAUUUUUUGAUUAUAUUUUAUAUCGAAAAACAUGUGUUGAUAUGGAAGCAGCGGUCAAGACACUAAUAAAAAAAUUGAAAAUUGUGUAA